CCAGUAUCGCUUUUCUGUACUCUUUUCAACAUGCAGGAUAUUCCACUGGGACUUAAUUUUGACACCGCCGUAGGGAUCUUGGACAUCCUGCUAUCCUCGCAAAUCUCAGCGACGCUACUAGCCAUGAAUGCACUCAUGUGGAAUCAGCUCACCAGUGUUUGGUUCCUCACAUACCUGUGGGUGUUUCUAGCACGCAAGUUUUGGCACUGGCUACUGGAGCCCAUGGGUCCUGCGCAGAAAAUCCAGUGGGACAAACAGCUCAUCGUGCUUACUGGUGGCUCGCAUGGCGUCGGGCUCAGUCUUUUAAACCAACUGUCGCAGACGGGCGCACGCAUUGCGGUUAUUGAUCUCGCCGAGCCGCCAGAAGAGCUGGCCAGUACGUUUUUUUACAAGUGUGACCUGGCCGACACCAACCAGAUUACACAAACUGUGGCACGCAUUAACAAUGACUUGGGGAUUCCGACGAUGCUGGUCAACAAUGCUGGAGCUGUAUGCACCAAGCUGAUCCACACGAUGACCGAGUGCGACAUGCAGCACAUUAUGCAGAUCAAUGCGCUAGCGCCCAUGCACCUGACGCGUCUCCUGCUUCCAGGUAUGCUGACAAUGCCUCGUGGGCACAUUGUGUUUGUAUCGAGCACCCUUGGAUUCUCUACCGCACCCCAGCUUUCGAUAUACUGUGCAAGCAAGGCAGCAUUGGCCUGCUUCCGCGAUUCGCUAAGGCUCGAGCUGCGGUAUCGCGUGCGCAGUGAGCGAAUAAAAACUACUAUUUUGCAUCUGGGCAAAACUGACGGCGACAUGCUUGAUGGUAUUCCAACAAAGAAGUGGCUGGCACCGGUUCUUUCAGCUGAUCUUGCGGCUGACCGUGUUUUUGAUGCCCUGGACAACAUGCGCGGUGGUGAGGUGCGUUUGCCAGCGUUAGCAUAUUUGUCGCCGGUAUAUUGGCUGAUACCGGAGAUACUGCGCGAUCUGGCACACCAGGUAGCCGGUACUCUCCAUGCAAGGAAGCCAGGAUCCCCCCAAACAAGGAGGAGAUCUUAGCAUUCAAACAACGCGCAGGCUGCAUGUGAUAUAGGGGUGCAAGACUGCUGCAUGCUUCAACAAACAUCCCUUCCGCCUGCCUCUUCAAUACCUUGAUAAAAUAAAAG